CUGCAGCCUGUGAGAUCACCACACCUUUAAUUAGACUGGCGUAGGUGGAAGUCGCCCAGUCGGUCCGGGCUCUUUAAAAGGAGCCGGAGACAAACUUCAGCACGAGUCAGACAGAGAAGUGCCGACAAAUUUUUCCAGUUGCAGGUUUUCAUGAGGAUGUCCUCCACUGUGUUUUAUGCUGUUACUGUGCUGGCUUCUGUCCUGACAUUUACUGCUGCUCAAACGAGCUGUAAGGGACGCUGCGGUACCGAGUACUACAGGGGUUUUAUGUGCCAGUGUGAUUACGGCUGCCUGUCUUAUGGAGAGUGCUGCCAUGACUAUGAAUCCAAAUGCACCACAAGAAACUCGUGUAAAGGCCGUUGCGGAGAAAUCUUCAAGCGAGGCCGUCGGUGCAGCUGUGACUCCGACUGCUUGAAGUACAACCAGUGCUGCUCAGAUUACAAGAGUCACUGUGACGCUGAAGAACCAGCCCUGAAUAAAGGCAUAGACCAACCUUUCAGUGAAGAUGAUCCAAUGGUCAGUGCAUCAUAUCCUCCAGAUGAUCCUAUUAAAGAUCAGGGCGACCCGAUCCUCCCCAGCGGCUACGGUUUCACAGCCGACCCCAGUGAAGAGGCCGGACCCACCGUGGCGGUCACCACGGAAACAGUCACGCUCCUCUCACCCACAGAGACGGCAACGCAGGCUGAUGACGGCACCUCCACACUUUACAUGUCCAGUGGAGAAGGCGCCACCGAGAGCACAGAUGUGGGUGAUUUUCUCCCCUCAGCCGACUCCACGGCGACCACAGCGCCUCGUGCCUCCAUGCAGCCUUCUGUGGCUUCAUCCAGCGCCACGAAGUCGGACAGCUCAGGACAAGCGCCUGAAGGCGACACUAUUCCAGAGACAAACCCAACGGAGGCCUCUUCUCCGGAGCCAGAAGUUACAACCACAUCCUUCAGCGCAGCCUCCUACUCGUCUGUAGAACCUACACAGGACCCCAGCGUUCCCCAGAGCACCCAGGCCUCACCUGCAGCACACCUGACACCCAGUCCAGACCCAACCACUUCACAGCCUGAGCCAGGCGAUGCUGAGACUCCAAGCGUUGCUACAACACGCUCCGAUCCAGCCGGACCCGGGACCUCGACCGAGCCCGAUACCUCGACGACUCAGGCUCCGAGUACCUUUGCUCCUGUGGAGCCGGACAGUCAAAGCAUUACACCAGAAACCCCUCCCACUGAUCCAGUGGAGGUCACCUCAACAGCGUCCAAACCCGACCCGACUGAAACCUCUUCAGUACCCGGGGAGCCCAGCACCUACGAACCAGCACCGAUUGAACCUGCUGAGGUAAAAGCCACCACUAAACCUGGUACUAAACCUCUGGACGAUGCACAAACUACGAACAGUCAAGAUCCAGCAGAUGACCGCAACGACACAGACCUGUGUAGUGGACGCCCUGUCGGCGCAGUUACUACACUGAGGAACGGCACAACGGUAGUUUUCAGAGGACACUACUUCUGGCUUCUGGACAGUAACAGGAAUCCAGGUCCAGCGCGAGGCAUCACAGAAGUGUGGGGCGUCCCGUCCCCUGUGGAUACGGUGUUCACUCGCUGCAACUGUCAGGGCAAAACCUACAUUUUCAAGGGACCACAGUACUGGAGGUUUGAGAACGGUGUUCUGGACCCCGGUUUCCCUAGAGUCAUUGAAACCGGCUUUGAUGGGCUGCGGGGCCACAUCACAGCUGCCCUGUCUGUGCCUCAGCACCGCAGCAGGAGAGAGUCCGUGUACUUCUUUAAGAGAGGGGGAACGGUCCAGAGAUAUUCAUAUCAGUUUGGCACCAGACCAACAUGUGGCAAAAAGGUUCAGUACGCCAUUUAUACAGUCCGCAACCGUGUGGCUCGACAAGCAGUGUCAGUUCUAGAGGCUCCCAUCAACAUCCAGAAAACCUGGAGAGGCUUCCCCUCCACAAUCACAGCUGCUGUGUCGGUCCCCAACAACAGAGAACCAGACGGAUACAAAUACUACGUCUUCUCAAGAUCCAAAUCCUACAGCGUGAAGAUGGACGGCCAACAUCCUGCCAUUGCUGCUUCCAAUGCCAACACGUCACCUCAGAGCAAGGAAUUCUUCACUUGCCCAAAGAAAGCCUGACUUAAUUAGUGAACAUUUUUAAAAGAAUAUUAUUUUUAUACUUUAAACUUUAUUACAAUCUUCAUAAGACACGAUUGAUCAUGGAAAAAAUAAGAAAUUAAACAAGUUAAAAAAACAGGAGGCCUCAGAGCAACAGAACAUUAUCAGAACUGCAAGUGUAAACUAACAGUGAUUUUCAAUGAAGUUGUCCAGUUCUCUGAUUAGUGCUUCAUCUGAAGAAUCGCCUCCCGUGAAAACCCCGGGAAGAAAACGCUUGACCUGUUGGGUUAUAAUAAGAGAAAACACAUGUUAAGUUUCGACUGAGGCAAUGAAAUGUGUCACCUGAAUGUUACAAUAAACAUAUGUAACAACAUAA